AACCUAAUAUGGUACGCACGUGCCUUGCUUUACAGCGAAGUAAAGUGGGCCCUCGAGUGUUUGUUAUCCUUCCUUCGAACCGUGUCAUUGUAUCGGCGAUGACACCGGAUCAACGAUUGGUCCACCCGUGUAGAAACACUGCAAAUAUUCCAACGAAUUCUGUGCGUUUGUGGGGGAAGGGGGAGGAAGAAGGGAACGAAAAAAGGCUGGAAGGAUCAACUUAGUCGACACAGUACGUUUGCAGUUUUCGUGGAGGUUGACACGCGUCGCAACAGUAUGGAUAUCGUGCAAAAGAUUUGCGCCAGGUCGACCGAGAACGUCGCCGUCGAGUAUCAGUUGACGAUCAGAUUGUUAGAGAUGUUGCAGAGAACGAAGUACGAAUUAGUGCAAGAAAACGGACAACGUCGUUUGACCGCGCCGGAAAUCGUUCGCGGCGAAAAGCAACGCGUAAAAGGUGCGGAGAUCUUUCUCGGUCGUCUUCCGCGCGAUUGUUACGAGGACGAAUUAAUGCCGAUGCUCGAGAAGGUUGGACGUUUGAUGGAAUUAAGGUUGAUGCUCGAUUUUUCUGGCUCGACACGCGGUUACGCGUUCGCAUUGUUCGAAGAUUCGAAAACUGCGAGAAACGCGUGCGCAAAACUCGACGGUUACGAAGUCAGACCCGGCCAUCGUAUCGGUGUCGUCAAAUCCGUUGACAAUUGCCGGCUCUUUUUCGGUGGAGUGCCGAAAAACAAAAGCAAAGAGGAAUUCAUGACGGAACUCAAUAAGAUACUUGAAGGCAUCACAGACAUUUAUCUAUACCCCAGCGCACACGACAAGUCGUUGAACCGCGGUUUCAUCUUCGUCGAAUUCAAAGAUCACAGGGCCGCCGCAAUGGCUAGACGAAAAUUGAUACCUGGAAGAGUUAUGUUGUGGGACCAUGAAAUUGCGGUCGACUGGGCAGAUCCUGAACCUGGAGAUCCUAUCGAUGAGGAUGUCAUGGAGAACGUAACCGCUCUUUUCGUGCGAAAUUUAAGCUUGGACGUGCAGCAGCAAAAAAUUCGAGAAAUAUUUCAGAAGAGCACAAAAAUACCAAUACUAAAGUUGAAAAAAAUUAAUCAUUUCGCGUUCAUACAUUAUGAAAGCCGACAAGCAGCGCAGGCCGUAAUGGACAUUAUGACGAAACCCAAUGGCGUCGCCGAAAAGGAAGGCUGGGAAAUACGUUGGGCGAAGCCGAUUGGAGCGACAAAAAUUUUGGAGAGGCAACGAUGCAUCAACGAAGCGGUGGCAAAGUCGAAUCAGCAAAAAACGACUCAAAACACGCGGGGUAAACGCGUAUUAGCAAAAAAAAACAACGCUAAAACUAAUUUGGAUUGCAAUGAUAACGAGGUCGUCGACGUGACAGCAAUGUACAUGGAUGCUUUGCAUAACUUCGUUAAAGCGAAGUUCAAUGCUUCGUGUUCUUUUAACUGCUUUCCUGUAGCUGGCACGCCGGGUUUCGCGUGCAAGGUGACUAUUUUUCAAGAGAACUGUGUUUUAUUCGAAUAUCACGGAGAGUUAAUGCCAACUAAACAGAAUGCAAUAAUUGCUUCGUGUACGAAAAUGUACCAGUUCGUUGCCACGAAAUUCCAUACUUGCGUGUUGCAGAACAAUGAACAAUAUUACAUGCAACAGAAAUUAGGAAUUAACCCUGCAGUCGGAUCACCAAUCAACGACUGGAACAACAUAGAACAGAACUGAAUAUAGAUAAUUUUUUAAGGCGAAUAUUUUAAUGCGACGAAUGAAAAGACUAUUCAUAAUUAUUUAUAACGUAGAGAUCCGAUAGCAUGAGAAAAGGAACAUAGAGAAAAGAAACUUAAAUUCAUAAUAAAAUAAGAAUGAGAUUUUAUUUUUACAUUUACCGCUGACGAUCUUAACCGAAUUUUAGAAACGAAUGAUCCGAAUUUUAUACUUUAAAUAAUUGAGAUCAAAUACGUUUUUAUUAAUCAUAAACUUGGAUGAAAUGUCGUGCAAUAUUUUACGGAAUGGAAUUGAAAAGAGUUUUUAUGAAAAAUAGACGGCAAUGCAAAUUCUAUCUUUUAAGUUUUCAAAGUUUUUGAAAAAUAAAUGGAUUGAGAAUGAAAUUGAGAAAAUCUGAUGAUCACAGGUUCUCUACGUUAAACAAUGUACUUUAAACAUUCUUAUUAACAAUCUUAAUGUGAUUAUAAUAUAGUUUUUAUAUAAAGUAUACACUAUUUACCAUCAAUUACCGCGAGUGAAGCGUAAUCAAUCAAAGAUUAAUAUAGUUUUCAAUCAUUGUCAAUUGAAUCUCAAGUUGCGCUUAGAAGAUAAAUAUCUCCUUUUUUGUUUAUGUUUAUAGUAUAUAUAUAAAUUAUAUAAGAAACACGUUAUGUUUAGUAAUUUAUGAUUGUUUUACAAGAGUAUAGUUUACGUAAAAGUUAAAAUAAAUUAUCAUAUUCAAUCAUUUAAUGCCUGAACUCGUGAAGUGUAAUCUUU